CAUGGCAGCUAGAGGACCUGAGAAAGCAAGAUGGCGGCCUGUGUAUGUGUUACCCGCUAAGGCCUAUAGUCAGCAGCUGUGAUCGGGCUGUCGGGGGAUUUUCGCCGAGGGACAUCGUAUCUUUCUAGGACCGGACAGAUCCGCCGUGACCCGAAAUACAUAGUGAAGCCUGAAUCCUCUUCGCAGUCAUGGAUGACUUCAGCUCUAUCAGCCUCCUGUCGCUGGCUAUGCUGGUCGGCUGCUAUGUGUCUGGAAUAAUCCCGCUAGCCGUUAACUUUUCAGAGGAACGUCUAAAGUUGGUGACAGUACUGGGUGCAGGUCUCCUGUGUGGAACUGCAUUAGCGGUCAUUGUACCAGAAGGUGUCCAUGCCCUCUAUGAAGAAGUACUAGAAGCAAAACAUCAUGAACUGGAAAGCUCGAAAGUAAAGGAAUCAGAGACUGGAGCUGAAGUCUUAUCAGUCCAUGAACAUGAUCAUUCUAGACUACAUGCUUACAUUGGGGUCUCCCUAGUCCUGGGCUUUGUCUUCAUGUUGCUGGUGGAUCAGAUUGGCAGCUCUCAUAUGCACUCUGUGGAGGACCCAGAGGCAGCGAGAGCCGCCAGUUCCAAGAUUACCACCACUCUGGGUCUUGUAGUGCACGCUGCAGCUGAUGGAGUUGCUCUAGGGGCUGCGGCAUCAACAUCACAGACAAGUGUUCAGCUUAUUGUAUUUGUGGCCAUCAUGUUGCAUAAGGCUCCAGCUGCGUUUGGCUUGGUUUCUUUCCUUAUGCAUGCAGGGUUAGAGCGAAACCGCAUCCGGAAGCAUUUGCUGGUGUUUGCUUUGGCAGCUCCUUUACUAUCAAUGUUGACAUACUUGGGAUUAAGUAAGAGCAGUAAAGAGGCCCUCUCCGAGGUGAAUGCCACGGGAGUUGCAAUGCUUUUCUCUGCUGGGACCUUCCUCUAUGUUGCCACAGUCCAUGUCCUUCCAGAAGUUGGCGGAAUGGGACACAGCCACAAGCCAGAGUCUGGUGCAGCUAAAGGACUGAGCCGCCUGGAAGUAUUUGCCUUAGUUGUGGGAUGUUUAAUACCUCUGGUCUUAUCUAUAGGACAUCAGCACUGAAGUCCAAGUCUGCGUGUCCCAAACCUAAUUACACUGGACAAAUGCGAGGACCUUCUAAGACUGACGUCUGUUAAAAUGAGUUAUCGUGUAGUUGAAAAUGACUGUUCUGGAUUUGGAAUAUCCUGCUGGGGUGAUUGUCUCGCAGUUCAGUGACGCCCCGUACGUACGUGUUUUUUUUUUUUUUUUUAAAACCUAAUGAUCCGUUGUUAAUGUUGGGAUAUAAGGGGCUUUCAGGAGUGAUGACCUGAAGAAAAUGGAAACGUCAAAUUCUCUUAUUUCUUAUUUCCUCGCUACACCAUAUUCUCCUUUGAGGACUCCCGAUUGUUCUCAGAAAUAUUUUUGGACACACAAAAUAUGAGCUUUAUGCAGCAGCUGCCUAUGGGGUGGAUUAUCCGGCAUGAUCGAUGCAAUUUGCCAAGGCUUCCUCCAUACUGUAUUCUGUCGCAGUCUUGAAAUUUGAAGAAUAUCUGGCAAGAUUAAUAGUACCUGCAGCACACCUUCCACUUCUACUACGUGUAUUUGCUGCAGUUUACAUGCUGCCCAAGGAUUUAGCAGCCGCCUGUCACAGUAUGAACACGCUGUUUUUUUUUGUGUUUUUUUUUUCUUCUUCCCAUGACGUGGCUUGCAAAUACACAUGCGGAAAAAUCAGCGUCGUAUGAACUACAAUCUGGAAUUCAUUUAAUCAAUGGGCGUUUAAUGUUCUAUUUUAGUGCAGGAAAACAGCCCUGAAAUCCACCACAAGAACAAUUGUAUGAACGUAUUCAUUACCUCUGACAUAUUAACUCUGGUGAACCUUUCCCUAGGGUUGUACCGUUUUUCUCAGAUUUCUUCUGGAAAUGUACUGGGUAAUACCGUUCUGCUUGUCCAUAACUUUUGAGCCUAUACAGUCUGACAUUGUUGGCACGGGUUGGACAGUGUUAGAGUAUAGGCCAAUGCCCUUCAAUGGGAAUAGUAACGCCCAGUCCUCAAUGUAUACCAUUAAUAACAUUCCAAGAGGUAUAACAGAGGAACGACAGAACGUAAAAAUCCAAGAAAUGAUUCUCUACAAUUGUUUUAUGAAAAAUUGCAAGUAUAUAUAAAAGAGAUGUCAGGAGAGCCGACGGAUCCUCUUGGAAUGAGUCGUUUUAUAAUGUGAUGAGGUAAAAGGAUUGUCAGUGCAUAAAAGCAAUCGCGUCCUGGUUAGGACGUCAUGUUAGUGCAAGACGAUGCCCUUUCAUUGCCCCUGACAGCAGUGUUUUAUGUGAAGUAUUUCUGAUUGUGACUCGCCGGUGUUUAUAAGUUAGCAUUGUCUGACCUUCUAAAAUUCAGUGUCCAUUUGAAUACGUUUUUUGGGGUCAGUCUAUUAGUUUGUCAUUGCCCUGAGCUUCCUAAUACUUGUCAAAUAAUGGUUGGUGUUACCAAUGUGAUUUGUUGUUAAAGGGGAUGUGUCAUCAGAAAAUGACCUAAUGUUUAAAUCGCAAUUUUGUGUUAAACGUGUUUUUAGAAUUUUUUGGUGAGGGUUUUUUACUUUAUAUUUUUAAUUUUUACCAUGUCACGAUCUAUAUUUAAAAGAAAAAAAUGUAUAUGGUCACACUGGCCACUAGGUCGAAUAAUAGGCCAUGUUUCCUGUUCAGUACAGUAGCCAUUAUCAUUCUAUAUAUUUUAGAUCUAGUGGCCAGUGUGAAAAUUGCAGGAUGACAUACGGUAAUUUUUUUUAAUAUAGUAGCAGAAAAAAAUAAAGAAACUCCACAAAAAUUCUAAAAAAAAAAAAAACAAUAGGUCACAUUCCCAUUUAAAAUUCUCCAAAUAUCCUUGCAUCAAAGUCUUUACUAGAAAUGGGGUUGUCCUUGCAAGGAAAAAAAGUACUAUUUUUGGCAUUGGUGAAGCAUCAAUUUGCAUCUAAUAGCAAAAUAGCUAAUCACAUGCACAUAGUGGAGGCCAUUGGUCACCGGUGGCAUUAGUUUGUAUUUUGUGGCUUAAUAAUUUCAUCAUUUCCCAAGUGUGGCGGCCAUUUUUUUGACACUUGUCUCUUGAUCUGUUCAUAAAGGUACCAGGUACAAUGGUUUUCCAUGACAUAUCAGUUUUGACUAUUGCAUUGUAUUACUGUUCAUAAGUAGAAGUCGUAUCUAGGUCUGUCUUCAUACGUGUCACCUCAGCUGGAUGCGGACUGAAAUUCGGAACAAGACAGAAGUGCGCGAUUUUCCUCAAAUCCUUGACUGCUUUCUGCCUGCGUAUAUUAUCGCUCUGGAUUCUAUUGACUUAUUAAUGUGCAAUAUCGACUGGCUGUAUCCAGCGCUCGUCACUCGAGCCCCGAGGAAGCAAGUGAACUCUUGUUGUCAGCUCUACUCCAGAAGGACAAAUCUCCCUUGGUUUGGGGUCCCUGGCUAUUUCUGGCCAGAAACUCAAUUUUUUUUAUGUACAUGAAAUCAUUCCAACAUUAACUGCCUUAUUUCUUUCAUUUUUUUUUCUUUUCCAAUUUAAUUGUGAAUAGUAAAUUGAUUUUUAA